AUGGCGGAGCGGAGCCGCGGCGCUCGGCGGCGGCUGCUGCUGCUGCUGCUCCUGGCCGGCUCCGCCGCCAGCCCGGCGGAGGAGGGCGGCGGGCGGCGGGAGGCGGGCGGCGGGGAGCACGGCGAGGACGCGGCGCGGCACCACGACUCCUCGUACGGCACCUUCGCCAGCGAGUUCUACGACCUGCGCUACCUCUCCGAGGAGGGUUACCCUUUCCCUACUGCUCCUCCUGUGGACCCGUUUGCAAAAAUCAGAGUGGAUGACUGUGGAAAAACCAAGGGAUGCUUCAGGUAUGGUAAACCUGGAUGCAAUGCGGACACUUGUGACUACUUUCUAAGUUACCGCAGAAUAGGAGCUGAUGUGGAAUUUGAGUUGAGUGCYGACACAGAUGGCUGGGUGGCAGUGGGAUUCUCCUCAGACAAGAAAAUGGGAGGAGAUGAUGUCAUGGCUUGUGUUCAUGAUGAUAACGGAAGAGUCCGAAUACACCACUUCUAUAAUGUUGGUCAGUGGGCUAAAGAAAUCCAGAGAAAUCCUGCUAGAGAUGAGGAAGGGGUUUUUGAAAACAACCGUGUAACGUGUCGAUUCAARCGUCCUGUGUAUGUUCCACGAGAAGAAACCAUCGUAGACUUGCACUUAAGUUGGUACUACCUGUUUGCUUGGGGUCCAGCAAUCCAGGGUUCAAUAACUCGUCAUGAUAUAGACUCUCCACCYGUAUCAGAGCGUGUUGUCAGUAUUUACAAAUACGAAGAUAUUUUCAUGCCUUCGGCUGCCUAUCAGACCUUCUCCUCUCCAUUCUGCUUGCUUCUCAUUGUUGCACUGACCUUCUAUUUAUUGAUGGGAACCCCAUGACCAAUGGAAAAUAGCAAGAAUUUGGCAGUGGAAGUUUCUCAGGAUGGACGGCUAUAUGGAUGGACAAUGCAUUUUUCUAUUGGAAUUUAUAUCACAUCACCAUCCUCAUCUAGCUGCUUUUGAACAUAGUUAGCUUCUCAGAAGAGUGAAAUAACCAUCUCCUUUGAGUGGCAGAGUGGUGACAAAUCAUUUAAGAAUAAUCAGUGAACACAUAGGAGAAUAUUUUCGGUGUUGUGAUUACUUGCUUAAAGAAAAUGAGACUUUUGUAAAAUCUGUGUGUGUGUGUGUGUGUGUGUGUUUGGGAGGGGUGCCUGUAUGUGUGUUUAGGUGAAUUUAGUGAUGGACAUCUUAUCAAAUAACAAAAUUGCCUUCCAAAUUGCUUCCAAAAAGCAAGUUUGGGAAAACACUGAAAUGCUGUUUGGUACUUUUGGAGCAGAGAGCACAACUCCAAGUGCAGUUUCUGAUCCUAGGAUCUGAAUGCCAACAGCAGCAUAAAACAUGUCCUUCAGUAGUGGACAGUUCUCUCAGUUUCUUUUUAUUUUUUUUUAUAUUUAUUGAAGUGUACUUGCUGUGGUAYUUCCCAAAACUAAACUUGCAUAUUCAAGCACUAGCAUGAUUUCUUUACAAUGGAAGAGAGGUGAUGAAUUUCUUAAUGUGUUUCAACAACAUUUUUGAAGGAAAUGGCUACUUCUUUUAAGAGUGAGAUAYAAAAUAAUUUAAACAAGGUGAAGGGAGAAUACAGCAAUAUAAAUUCUCCAUACAUAGGAAAACCAGGUAUAAAACAUGAAGAAUACAGAAGUUYCCAACAAGCCAUAGGAUGUCCUCCUAGUAGACUAAAUCAAUUUUUCUCUUUCUAUGAAAAAAACAGUAAUUUUGCUGACAUGUAAAUAUAUUUUUAAGUAAUUGUGCAGUAGUAUGAAGUAAUCUCUUGUUCUGUGUUGUGUGCCAUUAUAUCCUGUUCUUGUUAAAGGUGACUAUGGGCAGCUGGUGUUAUCUUACAAAGACAUAGAAAUAUAAAUGACAUUAUUUGUAAGGAAAGACAGGGAUUAAUAAGAAGAACAGUAUCUUUUGUUCAUCAAACUAYUGCUAAAAUAUAUUUAUUAUGGAAAAAGAUAAGCUAAAAAGGAAAUAUACUAAACUUUUUUUAUCACCAAUAAGUAGUAGAAGAGGAAUGUGAAAUAUUAUGGGGACAAAAAGUGUCAAAAUGCAUUUAUGAUCCACAGAAUAUUAUAAAAACUUCAAAUGGAGAAUUUCUGUUCUUCACGUAAUGGGAUGUGAAUGAUGUGUACAUGUAGCAGUCAAGUGUGCUUAGGUAAGAUUACUCAUUCACUUUUCAACUUACACUAAAAUUCUACUUAAGUAGAAUUAAAACCUAAAUAGUGCCAAAGUUUUAUGUAAUGUGGUACACUUGGGGACUCACUAACACGGAAUUUGGUAAAGUAUGUGUAAUGCAACUCCUUUCUAUUCUCAUUGCUGCAUGGAGUAUAAAAUGACUAAUUAGCCUGGCUGGGUUUGCAUCAUUAUUUACAUACUGAUGUUUGUAGACUAAGUUAUUAGGCACAGAAUUCUACAAACCUAUGCUUAAGGUAUAUGAAUUAGAUUGAAGAUGAGCUUAUCUUCAUAACAAACACUUUAUCCCUAUUUCAAAAGAAAGAUUUAUUAAUAUUUUGUAUUUUCAUUGAUGUCUUUAACGAUUAGUUCAUUUCAAAUUACUGGACUAGAGUUCAGGAGAGGGAAGAGAAAUUCAGAACGAAGUGAACUUUAAAAGUGCAUACAGUAGCUUUACUUAGUAUAAAUUACUUCUCUCAGGUUGGUUAAYUUACUCAUCACCUGAUGAGUAAGUUUAUGGUGGAGACCACCUAAUAGUGUCUGCUUUGGCUCASAACAGCUGUGUCAUUUAGCCUUAAGAUUUUCUGGAGCAGAUAAGCAGAAGCCUGGAUAAUGAGCUUUACAUUCAGCAAACAGGUGAAGUGAAGAAAUCAUUAAGGUAAAUUAUUUCUCCUUUGUGCUAAUUUGUAGGCAGCUGAGAAACUGCAGUUCUUUCUCAGAGCCUGAGGGUCACUUUAGUUUAUGGCUUGGUGUUUACUGUUUCAGCCUUAGCUGAUUACCCCCUAAAGGGCUAAUUUACCAAUUUAAAGGUACUGAACUGGGAUAGAAACCGAGUUUGGCUCCUCUUCUUUAACAGAGUUCUGGAUUUAGGAUAGUCUGGUUGGACCUGAGCACACAGGUAUGUUAUAGAUUUACUACCAAGGUAAAAUGGUGUAACAGCUGUUGAUCUGCUUUUUACAUGUAUGGAGUCAGAUGUGUUAAAGGUUCAGGAUUUACAGCAAGAGCAAAGUAUAUUAUAUUAUGUUUUAUUCCUUUUUCAGAUUAUUUGUUAGUGUGCUGUGUUUUUGAUGUAUUUUGCUCUUGUUGAAGUAUUAGCAGAAAUGUGCACUUUUAAAAAAACUUUCACCUAAGCUUCACAGUACUUAAUUAGCCUAAUAAAGUGUUUCUGCUCAAAAGGGAGGAAAUAAAAAGCCACAGGAAGCAGCAAAACAAUUUAUUACCUGGCAUUUAAAUGGAUGGUUGAGUUUAGCACUGAGUUUAUUUAAGAGUUACCUUUCACAGUGGGAAAAUCAGGAGUAUGGAAUUCAAGUUAACAAAGAAGAUAAUGAGUAUAUGUAAAUUGCUAGUUGGGAUGGAAUCUGAGGAGAAAAAGGUUAUGAAGGAAGUGUGGUAUGUAAGUUUAUAAGACACUUGGUAAGUCAGCAUUUGACCGGGCAUAGUAACUUGUCAUGGAAGGUAUUUUGGUUUUCACAUAUUUCGUCUUUUUUUAUUUUUAAUACUGAAAAGCAAGAUUUAUCUUUGUUAUACAAAGUUGCUAUAAAGUAACAACACUUCAGAAUAACUUUUAAAAUGAUUACAGCACUUCAAAUAUUCUUUAUUUUAUAAUUUUUUUUCUAAAUGACUGGUACCAAUGAAAGCUAGAAAAAAAGGCCUGCUUUGGAAAAAAGAGGCAGAUAUUUCCCUCUACAAAUAUUUUUUUGGUUUUUUUACUGUGAUUGCUACCAAACAACUGUUAAAGAACAUUUCCAAGGUGCUCUAAUUUUAAUAAUUGCUUGUUGCACAGUAACUUAAUACAGAGGCAUAGAGUUUAGAGAGAGUGUAUGUAGAUUAUGGUGUUGUUUGGAAAUGUAACUAUGGCUAUUAAUUAGAAAGAUUUUUUU